AUGGCUCAAGCUCCUAUCCCGACUCAAGCUCCCAUCGAGGCUCCUGCUCCUAUCCAGGCUCUUGAGGAGAGUGCAUCAGAAUUACGUGUUUCAACAUUGACUUUGAAAGAUGGAAGUUCAAUUCUAUCAAAUUCAUUAGAAGUAAACAGUGGAGAACCUCAUACAUUGACGUGUACAUCUAGUGUUAGCAGACCAACAGCAACCAUCAUCUGGUAUUUUGGAGGUCAGAAAAACAAAACAGAAACAACUAGGACAUCUACCUUUACAUUCACACCAGAUUAUUCUGAUAAUCAGGAACAACUUUACUGUAAAGCAUUUAAUAUACAGUCUGAAAGCCAAGCUGUAUCUUCAAAUCUUGUGUCACUGUAUGUUAAAGUGAAGGUAGCUAAUGUUACAUUAAAAGAUGGCAACACUUUAUCAUCUGGAACACUUAAAGUGACAAAUGGUGUCUCUAAAACAUUGACAUGUACAGCAAGUGAAAUUUUAGCUACAACUCCUACAAUCACAGAUCUGACAACAGAGAAGUUAGAAGGAGAUCAUAUAAAAUAUCGGUGCACUUCUUCCCAAACACGACCUGUUGCUAUAGUUACAUGGAAGCUGGGUACUCAAAUACUGAGUGAUGUGCAAAAUACAGAACAUAGUCAUGGGAAUGAUCUUAAAUCUGUUACAAGUAUUGUAACAUUUACUGCCAACAGAACUGGUAACAACAAAACAAUACAAUGUGAAACUACAAUACCUGGUCAAAGUAAUUUAUCAAAGGCUCAGGAUAAGAUGCCUGUAUAUUGGCCUCCGUCACAGCCUCGAAUUAUGAAUGAUAGUUUUCCAUUUCUAGAAGGUCAGACAGGAAAGAGUAUUUAUUGUUCCUCAUCUGAUUAUGGUAAUCCUACAGCUACAGCAACAUGGACCACACAAUAUGGAACACCUGAUAGUGCUGAUACAAGGAAACUAAGGUUACCUAAACUAACUUAUCAAGUUGAUAGAAGUCCAGUUAAAUGUCAGUUGAAUAAUUUAUUUACUCAGAGGAAAGGUCUUCAGAUCCAGUCCAAACAAUAUCUAUUACAAGUGGAAUAUUCUCCAAGAAUUCAGAUACUAGUGGAUGGGAAACAAGUCAGUACUACAACAAAAGAUGAGGGACAAACUUUGUCUGCUACAUGCAAUGCAACUGGUAACCCUAACCCAGUUGUAGACUGGUUAGGGCAACAGCCUAGAGGUCCUACUUUGUCAUUUGACGAUAUAGAUAGAACAGAUCAUGGAAGAUACACAUGUAAAGCUACAGCAACAUCAACGCAUUAUCCAAGUCAUAACUUUAUUACAGAAGAAGAAUUGAAUGUCAUUGUUAACUAUGCACCAGAUGUCACUGUAAAUGUAAGUAGCCGGAAUCCAACCGAGAACAACACCUUGACAGUUAAAUGUGAACCUAAAGGAAGGCCUACAGAUUAUCAUUUCUCGUCAAUUGUACAUAAAUGGGGAGAUGUGGUUAUAUCUAAAGUACUUAAUCCAACCAAUGGUGUCAAAGAAGUACAAAAUGCUCAACUUCAAGAUAGCGGUACUUAUAUCUGUGAGGCAAAUAAUGGCAUUCGUGACAGGAGCAAGAAGCUUGAUCAAAGUGGAAACAACACCGUCAAUGUUAAAGGUUUGUGA